UGCGCGGACGGCAACUCCCAGCAUCCCUCGCGGCGGCGGCUCUCCACACAACAAAUCCCGGCGUGCCCUUGGGCGGCCCGGGGUGGAGGGUUCUAGAAGGCGUGACGUGGGGUCGGAGCGGGCUCGGAGGCGGGCGCCUCUUGGCAGUCACUGUGGCGGCAGCUGCCGGGCCUGGGGGCGCGGACCGUCGGGGUCGCGGUCGUAGCCUGCUCGCCUCGCCAGCCAUGGCCGCGCUCGGCCGGCCGUUCAGCGGCCUCUCCUUGGGCGGCAGCUCGGACUUCCUACAGCCGUCUCCGGCCUUCCCGGGCCGGACCUUUCCGUCGGGAGCCCACGGUCCGGAGCUGACCCCGCGGCCGGGACUCCGCGCCGCCCCGAGCGGCCCGGGCGGGAGCACGGCGCGCGGACGCAGUGUUUCCCUUCACUGUAAAAAGAAACACAAGCGAGAAGAGGAUGAUGAUGAUUGUCCAGUAAGAAAGAAAAGACUGACUGAAGCGGAGCUCUGUACUGGUCCUAAUGACUGGAUUCUUUGUACACAUCAGGACGGAGAAGGUCGCAGAGUAAAUCCAUGUGCUAGUGGGCUUUCUGUACCUGGCAUGUUAGAUGCUAUUUGUGAAGAGAUGGAUCAGACAACUGGAGAACCACAGUGUGAAGUUGCCCGAAGGAGGCUACAGGAGAUUGAGGACAGGAUAAUUGAUGAAGAUGAAGAAGUUGAAGCUGACAGAAAUGUUAACCAUCUCCCCAGCCUUGUCCUUUCUGAUACCAUGAAAACAGGUUUGAAGCAGGAAUUUGGUGAAGUCUUUACAAAGAAGAUGAUUGAAUCUAUGAGCCGUCCUUCCAUGGAGCUUGUGCUCUGGAAACCUCUCCCUGAACUCCUCUCUGAUAAGCCAAAGCCAUCAUCUAAUGCUAAAAACUUCAUGGGAGAAAGCCAAAGUAAGCAAGCAGCUGCUGGCACUGCCUUCCCACAGAGAACUGAACUGUACUUGGAACCUCCACAAACAGGGAUGCCUCUUUACAAUAGUUUGGAGACAGCUGCUAACACAGAAGAAGAGAUGGAACUCUAGAAAUCAGUUUCUGUGCUAAAUUUGUCACAAUUUAAAAGGCUGUCAUGUUCAGUAAUGAGCCUACAUUCAUAGUGUAGGCACUUGAGAGUUUUAUGAAACGGGUGUCAUAAUGUAUCCACCUGUGAUUUGGAGUGGGACUCCCAUGUUGGGUAGCCGUAUAUUGAAGUCAGCUUUUUGCCAUGGAAGCUUGUCUCAAGGGAAAAGCAGUUUUCUAGCAGGUUUCUUAAAGGAAUUUUAGGUUAUAGUCUUUUCAAAGGCAAAUGUAGAAGCAGCAUAUGUAAGAGUGACUUAAGUCAUCUGUCACAGUGUUUAAGCUGUUCAUAAAUUUGGAGAAUACUCUUGAGAUGAAAAAGAUGAUUAAGAAAGAAGGAUGCUCUUAACUACCAGUGUAUCCUGUGAAUCACACCUUAAGACUGAAUUGUUUAUAGUGGUGAUUGUAUGAUUGGGAAGGAGAAGGGAAGAAAGCAGUAGCUUAAGCCUCUUUCUAAGAAAUUUAACUGAGGCCAUAAGACUUAUGUAUUAGUUAUCAGUUCAAAAUAGCCAUAUUGAUAAAAUAGCCAGUAGCAUUGUGGCUAUCCUCAGAAAUGCAACGAAAAUACAAAGAAGGUUUUUUUCUUCAAGGCUUUUUUGCCUUGUGCUACUGUUGUUCGUUGGUCUCCCUACCAUAAUUGAUAAGCCUGGUUUUUCAGUAAUGUUUACAGCUUAGUUAACUUUGAAUGCUAGAAUAAAGAUUGUGAGGUAACCCAUCUGCAAACUGCCUGUGGGAGAAGCAUUCUUUAAAUAAUCCUAAGAAAGUGCUAUAUCAGCAAAAUCCAACAUUUAUAACAUCUGUACUUGUGUUAGCAAGUUGUUUUUAAGUGUUAAUUUCAAAACAUGAUUAACUGAGAAUAUAAGGCAAGUGACAUUGAGAUUACUGGAAUAGCCAAUUUGUCUGGUACUUACACUAUUGUGCCGUAAGCCUGAAAAUUAGUAAAGAAUAGCUUCGUACUAGGAGGACUAUCUUUUCAAUACUUAAACCAGGCUCAAGGUGUCUUGGGAAUAACUGGGAUUAAAAUUUUUUAAUUUCUCAGGCAGAGAUCUUCUAUGUGUCAAGGACUCACAGUACAAGGUGGAGUGACAAUUCUUUUAUCACUACAGAACAUCCAGUAUAUUAUUAAAUGAGUUUAAUAUUGGCCCUUUCAUCAUACAACAGGAGACCACCCCAUUUUUUUUCUGGGUUUCUUCUUCCUUUGUAGGAGUCAGAUACCUUUUGUAGGAAAAUAAAAUGGUUUAUGCCAAGUAGAGGUGAAUAUUUGGGAAGCCAGCUUUUGGGCAAUUGUGAAACCCAUGUUGAAAUCCCUCCUCUUGUUACAGAUGCUGUAGAAGUCACAAGUCUGUUAAUUGGACUGUUGCUUCUCUUGCCUAUUGUUUCUGCUUUUUCCAUUUCUGUCUGGACAGUCAGGAAAAGAUUUAAUGUUUAAUAUUUAAACAAAAUAUUUAAUGUCUACACAGUAAAAUUAUUCAAACUUCAAACCAGUAUUGAAUCCAGUUGGAAACCAGCUAAUAGUUUCUUAAUCUCAGAUUUAGAGAUGAAUGUAAACUGUAUUCUGUUGAAAUGUGCAGGUGUUUGAUUCAUGCCAUUUGAAAAACUGCCUUGAGGUCAUUGCUUAAAGGGACCAACUUGUAAAUUUUUUAAGCCUUAAAAAAGUCUUUGUGCUAAAAAGUUAGUACUGCUCUGGAACAUGAAGGGACUGCCUAGAGUUUGGAUUUAGUCCCAGUGUCAUGGAGGAAAGAGAGAUGGCAGCUUUCCAAAGAAAGACCCAUAGCACACUAAGCUUAUCUUCUGUCUUCUGUAGAAAUUGUUGGCCUCUGAUCCGAGAUCUAUAUGAUAAAAAGGAAGAGAGUCCUAAAACCAGACUGUGAUACAGUGGAUAAAGGACAGAAUUAGGAGUCUGUUUAUUACAAUCCAAAAUCCCCCACUUGUUUCAGGGGUUAUCUGACAAGAUCAUUAUUUCUGCAGGAAAGUGAAUGUUUAAUGCUCCUUUUUGGACUAUUCUGGCAUAUGUUUAUACAAAAAUUUUCUUCAUCCUUGUGGUGCUUAUUCAUCUGAGCCGUCUCCACAGUCCCGAUUUUUUUUUUUUUUUUUAAUUGUAUCAUAAGGCUUUUGUUUUUGCCUUUAGGUUUCCCUGGGGAAUUAACAGGUCUUUUCAUUUUGUACAGUUUUUGCAGCAUGGAUCAAACAUUGGCUUAAUAUACUAAUGUGUGAGGAGAAAAAAUUGCCUAAGCAGGUGAGCUUUAAUGAACAAAUGUGUAUUUUCUUUGAGUUUGAGUAGGGUGUGUGUGGUUUUUUUUUUUGUUUCUAAUUAAUAUGAAGAAAGUAAGUCCAGUUCUUGCAAAUAUUAACCAUUUUUUUAAAUGCUACCCAUCCUUGAAAAGGUACAAAUGUAAAAUUUAGGAAAGUACUUAGGGUAGGGCUUAGAACUGUGGGAAAAAUGUUUACCAGCAGGUCCUUUUAUUAUUUUGGAUUUGGAACUUUUUUUUGUAAUAGUGACAAGAAUGGGUACAGUGCUAGGAAAGUUCUGGGAGAUGCUGUCAGUUUAACUUUAAAAUGAGAAUCUGGUGUUUCUGUAUUUUAUCAUUUUCAAUAAAAUUUAAGUGUUUUGGA